GUAGUCAGUGGAUGCAACAACCUCCAUCAUAUGCAAAUGCACCUCCAGGGGGCCCUCCGCCCCCUGCUGCUAUGGUCUCAAAGGUUGACAUAACCAUAUCAUGUGAACGAUUAAGAGAUCUGGAUGUGCUUUCAAAAUCAGAUCCCAUUUGUGUUUUGUACAGCUUGGAAGGAAAGAAGAGACGUGAGCUUGGUCGCACUGAGAGACUGAACGAUACCCUCAAUCCAAAGUUCCAAAGGGAGAUUACUAUUGACUAUCGUUUUGAGGAGGUUCAGAAACUUGGUUUCUAUGUAUUUGACAUUGAUGAUAAUAAUAACGAUGUCAACAAAGCAGAAUUCCUGGGAAAGUGUGACUGUAAUCUGGGCCAGAUUGUGAGUGCUGGAAACUUUAAACGACCUCUGGAACACAAUGGCGGGAAUUACGGCUCUAUCUCUGUACAGGCCCAAGAACAGGGUGGUAUGCAAAAAACUAUCAAACUUACUCUUCAUGGUGUCAAACUUGACAAGAAAGAUUUUUUCGGAAAGUCGGAUCCGUACCUCGAGUUUCACAGACAGUUGUUAGAUGGUAGCUACUCACUGGCACACCGGACAGAGUUUAUUAAGAACACUCUGAACCCUAAUUGGAAAGCAAUGAAGAUAAACACGAGGAGAUUGUGUGAUAACAAUCCUGACACUGUUAUUAAGGUAGAGUGUUACGACUGGGACAGUGACGGUUCUCACGAUCUUAUUGGACAGUUUUUCACAACACUUGCGGAAUUGGAACAAACAAACCCAGGGAAACAAUUUGCCCUGGUUCACCCGAAAAAGAAGGAAAAGAGAGGUUACAGACACUCUGGUGAGAUUGUAGUGGAUAAAAUACUUAUUGAAAGAGAGUACACAUUCCUGGAAUACAUACAGGGUGGAUGUUUGCUGAAUUUCGUGGUGGGUGUCGACUUUACUGGGAGUAACGGGGACCCCCGAGACCCUUCCUCACUUCACUAUCUGGGUCACGCAACUCCUAACCAGUACACACAGGCUAUCACUGCUGUGGGAAACGUUAUUCAGGACUACGAUAGUGAUCAGCUCUACCCAGCUUUUGGGUUCGGAGCUAGACUUCCCCCUGCAUGGCAGGUAUCCCAUCAGUUCUCCUUAAACGGUAACCCAGCAGAUCCUAACUGCCAUGGAAUCCAAGGAAUUCUGGGCGCAUACCACCAGUGUAUAAACAGUGUUCAGUUGUACGGUCCUACAAACGCCAGCCCUAUAAUUGGGAAUGUAGCCACCAUGGCUCGGGAGGCACUGCAUCAACGACAAGCUAAAGACUAUUUUAUCUUGCUACUAUUAACGGACGGUAUCCUAACCGAUAUGCAACAAACCAUUCACAUGAUCAUUGAGGCAAGUGAACUACCCUUGAGUAUCAUUAUUGUGGGCGUUGGAGACGCUGACUUUUCUGAUAUGGAGCGACUUGAUGCUGACGAUAAAUUGUUAUCCCUCGGCAAUCGCAAAGCAAAGAGAGACAUUGUUCAAUUUGUUCCCUUCAGAGAUUUCAAGAAUGCAUCACCUGCUAAACUUGCUUCACAUGUCCUGAAAGAGCUCCCUACUCAAGUGUGUGAAAUGUACAAUAACAUUCUCCAUGUUCCGCCCUUGUACCAGCCCGACUAUGGGCCUCCUCCAACUUAAACUGAUUUCUACGGAACUGAUUAAGGAAUUGGAUAAGAUCGCACCGUUUUGUUUUAAUGAAAUUGUUUUCUGAAAGAUCACCUAUAUAUUAUAACUUGAUCAUCGCAUUACUUCAUUAAUUAGAUAAGCGUCUCGAGAAGAAGGGUCGACGAAAUAUGAGUAAAAUUAGAUUGCGUUUCCUGGAUCCUAUUUUCUAUUCUCUUGCUUUCUGUAUUGUUUAGUUUAUACCGGACUAUCAUUAACUGUCUAUUUUACCAACUUUAUUAAUGCUGGAACAAGACCUUCUAGCUUAUUAGUGAAAGAGCAGAGUAAAUAAGAAUUUUCGACAAAAUGGUUUGCUGACCAGGACUAGAUAUAAUAUCUGGGUGAGACUGAAAGGUUUUUAGUAACUCUGAAAGCUGAACAGAUUUAUAACUUUUCAGGGUGGAGCUGGCAGACUAGCUGCUCAUGUCCUGAAAGAGGUUCCGAGUCAACUUAUGGACAUGUAUAAUGAUAUUCUGAAGGUUCCACCCAUGUACCAACCAUUUUACGGACCCCCCACUUGAUAAGGCUCUGCUCUUUUACUCCUGAUACACAAUAUUAUGUAGUACUUGUUUAGUUCAUUUUUAAAUAUUGAUUGUAUUGUUAUCCCAACCGUAUCUAGAUUAAUUGUAUUAUUCGAUAUUUUGAAUUAUUGACCAUUUCCUUUAAGAAAAGGAAACUAAACAUUUUAUAUUAUGGGUUUUACGUUUCUAGGUGUUAAUUGCUGUUCCAUAAUGAAUUCUCAUAGACUCGUAAAGUUAGUUUAACUUCAACUACAUAGUUCAAUUGUACUUGCAUAGAUUGAAGAAUUUGCACUAUAAAUAGCAUUUCUGGGUACCAAGGUCAGCUUUAACUACUCAUCAGUAAAACUUUGGACGGGUUAUUGAUCAUCUGAUAUCUUAAAUAGUAAUUCAGAAUUACGGAAUUAUUUCAUAUAUAAAUAAAGUAUAAUGAUGCUUUGAUCGCUGAAUCAGACAUGAUAGGAUAGUUGAUAGUGUAAUUUGUAGUGAUCCUUGGGCUAGAUUCAAUUUACAACACUAGCUAAGAACUUUUAUACUUAGGGUACUUAGUGCAAUAUACAUAGUAAUACUAAUAUACAAAUUUAAUGAUUAUGUGCUAUUAGAAAUAUGUAUUAUAAAGUUUCUAUGAUGUUA